AUGUAUCUUGCCAAUUGUACACGUCCCGAUAUUGCAUUUUCUGUUAACCUUUUGGCAAGAUAUAGUUCUGCUCCAACUCGAAGACAUUGGACUGGCGUGAAACAAAUAUUUAGAUAUCUUCGAGGAACAAUGGAUAUGGGUUUGUUUUAUUCUAAAGACUCAAAAAUUGAAUUAGUUGGUUAUGCAGAUGCUGGAUAUCGGUCUGAUCCCCACAAAGGUAGAUCUCAAACAGGUUAUGUAUUCACAUAUGGUGAUACCGCAAUAUCUUGGAGGUCUACAAAGCAGACUCUUGCAGCAACUUCUUCGAAUCAUGCUGAAUUAUUGGCACUACAUGAAACUAGCCGGGAACGCGUGUGGCUAAGGUCUUUGGUCCAUCAUAUUCGAGAAUCAUGUGGUCUUUCAGUUAAUAAAGGAACUCCUACUAUUCUUUACGAAGAUAAUGAAGCAUGUAUCACUCAGACCAGGGAAGGCUACAUUAAAGGAGAUCGAACAAAGCACAUUGAUCCGAAAUUCUUCUUCACUCACGAACUUCAGCAGAGGGGAGAUAUUAAUGUUUGUCAAAUUCGCUCAUGUGAAAAUCCAGCAGAUUUGUUUACAAAAGCACUUCCAACAUCUUCUUUCGAGAAGUUAGUACACAAGAUUGGAAUGCGCAAACUUCGGGACAUCUUGUAG